AUGCGUACCAGGGUAGCAGAUAAACAUAGGAGUUGUCGGCUACUCGGAACAAUAGCAGCGCGGCGUGGAGCGACGCAAGACGACACAGCAGCGAGCGCGCGGCGCGCCGGCAGAGCGGUGACUGACCGGCACACUGCCGCACCACCCCGCCUGGAGCGCUCCUCCGGGACCCUUCCGCCGGGAAUCAGACCCGCAACACACGAGCCAGCGACGCUUUCCUCACGCGACCACACUGCACAUGUGUUCGCACCACUCUUUGUGCAUCAUUGUCUCAACAGGUUUAUGCAACAUCGUCCGGAUCACGCAUCAGUUCCGACCUCUCAUUUCGUCUCAGUACAUUUCGGCAUUAUGAUUAAAAUUCACAGCAUGUGA